AUGGGGCCCUACAGCAUCUCUAUGAAGAGCUAUGACAUGAAUUUGCUGGGGGAAUUCAGUGACUACAACGACAAUGACAAUACCACAAGAUCCUACGAUGACUACUUUUGUCCAGAUACAGUCUCGUCACUGGCUAGCGAUCCCACACAUCCUUUCAAGAAGAUCUUUGUGCCCUUAGUCUACCUUCUGAUAUUCCUUCUGGGGACCUUGGGCAAUGCCCUAGUAUUGAUCAUCCUGGAGCGUUACAAGCGCGCUCGCACUACCACCGAGAACUUCCUCUUUCAUCUAGCCUUGGCCAAUCUGGUGCUAGUGCUCACCUUGCCUUUUGGCGUGACCGAGAGCUUGACUGGCUGGAUCUUCGGCACUUUCCUCUGCAAAGUCCUCAGCGCUGUCCACAAAAUCAACUUCUACUGCAGCAGCAUGCUGCUGGGCUGCAUCAGUGUGGAUCGCUACCUGGCCAUAGUGUACGCUAUUCACACCUACAGGAAGCGCAGAGUCAGGUCCAUCCACCUCACGUGCCUGGCCAUUUGGUUCAUCUCCCUGGUGCUGACCUUGCCCGAUCUAGUGCUCAUGGAGGUCUGGUCAGACAACAGCAACCACAGUGUCUGCAAUUUCCAGCAAGUUGGGAUUCAUGGCAGCAACAUGUGGCUGGCAACCCGCUUCCUGUAUCACAUUGUGGGUUUCUUCGUGCCCCUGCUGGUUAUGUGCUACUGCUAUACAGCCAUUGUGAGGACCCUGUGCCAGUCUCAGCGACUGCAGAGGCAGAAGGCCGUGAGAGUGGCCAUCCUGGUCACAGGGGUGUUCUUACUCUGUUGGAGCCCUUACCACAUGGUCAUCUUUUUGGACACGCUAGACAAGCUGGAAACCUUACCGAACGAUUGUGCCUUGGCGGACCAGCUGGGCACCAGCAUCAUGGUGACAGAGGUGAUUGGCUUCACACAUUGCUGUCUCAACCCCAUCCUCUAUGCCUUUGUUGGAGUCAAGUUCCGCAACGACUUCUUCCGGAUCCUCCGAGACCUGGGCUGCAUAAGCCAGGAGACCCUGCAGGAGAUCCUUGAUGUGACGAGGAAGAGCAGUGGGAUUGAGUCGGACACCAUCACUUCUGUCAGCACCUUCUAGUGGGGAAAGAACUGGGCACGGGGCUGAGAUAGACCUUGGUGUUCCUGGCCAGCAGAGCAUGUAAUGCCCUUGGUGCAGGACUCAGCUCUGCGCCUCAGUAUCAUCCCUACCACUUCCCUCCUCUCCACAAGAAACUGAGGUCUAAAGGCCACCAUUAAAACAGCAAAUACUUGCCAACUGUUACCACAUAGUUACUUCCUGUGCUAAGUAUAUGGAGAAAUGGUUUGUGGUAGCCCUUGGUAAAUACUGACUUUACAUAGCAACCACUGCAAAGGGGCUUGCUGGGACCCUAGUAAGUUAGCUCUGAUACUGCAUCCUCCCCACUGGAGGAGCCCCAUGUGCAGAGCCAACCACAGAAUUGGGCCCUUAGAAAAUGACAAACAGGAAAUUCCAGAGGACGGAGAGAUUUUUA